AUGGGCCCGAAACAAAAAGGUGGUGCGGCGAAGAGGGGAAAUGCCACGGAGGAGGUAGAGGAGACAUUGCAGGCUGUCGUGCUUGCGGAUACUUUCGAGACGAGGUUCGAGCCGUUCACACUUGAGAAGCCUAGGUGUCUCUUGCCGCUUGCGAACACUCCCUUGAUUGAAUAUACGCUCGAGUUCCUCGCCAAUGCCGGUGUGGAGGAUGUCUUCCUGUACGGCGGAGCGCACUCCGAUCAGCUGGAGAAAUACAUCAAUGCGUCCAAAUGGAGAGCGCCGUCGUCGCCGUUCAAGCAGUUGACUUUCCUCAAGUCGACGUCGACGUCGGUUGGAGAUGUCAUGCGUGAUCUUGAUGGCAAGCAUCUCAUCACGGGCGACUUCAUCGUUGUCAGCGGUGAUGUUAUCAGCAACUUGCCUAUUGAAGGCGCGCUAACUAAGCACCGUGCUCGCCGUGAAGCGGACAAGAACGCUAUCAUGACCAUGAUCUUGAGAGAGGCUGGCCGGAACCACAGAACCAAGUCCUCGUCUGUGUCCCCUGUUUUCGUUAUCGACCCCACCAAGGACCGUUGCCUACACUACGAGGAGAUCGACCAUCAUUCCCCCGAGCCUUCUCGCCUGAACAUCGACGCGGAACUCAUUACGACACACCAGGAGAUUGACCUGCGCCAGGAUCUGAUCGACUGUAACAUCGAUAUCUGCACACCCGACGUGUUGAGUCUCUGGUCCGACAGUUUCGAUUACCAGACGCCCCGCAAACAGUUCUUGUACGGUGUGCUGAAGGACUACGAGCUGAACGGAAAGACAAUUCACACACACAUCGUGAAGGACCACUACGCUGCCCGGGUCCGGAAUCUGAAGGCGUACGACGCUGUCAGCAAGGAUGUUAUUUCGCGGUGGGCGUACCCUCUGUGCCCCGACACCAACCUGCUUCGCGGCCACAACUACGAGCUUCGGAAGGGAAGCCUGUACCAAGAACAGGGUGUGACUCUGGCCCGCUCGUGCGUGAUCGGUCGGCGCACGGUCAUCGGCCAGGGCACCAGCAUUGGGGACAAGACGACGGUCAAGAACACUGUUCUCGGACGCGACUGUAAGAUCGGCAAGAACGUCACACUGGAUGGUGCUUAUAUCUGGGAUGGCGCUGUCAUCGGCGAUGGAACGACUGUCAACCAAGCAAUCGUUGCUGACCGGGCAGUGGUGGGCAAGAACUGUACCAUUGAGCCUGGCUCUCUGAUUUCAUUUGGUGUCGAGAUCGCCGAUGGUGUCAAGGUUAGCGACGGAAGACGCAUAACGACAGCCUACCGGGAGGAGGACGACGAGGUGCCGGCCAGUGAGCCCGAGGUUGUUGGAGAAGGCGGCAAGGGAUAUGAAUACGUUCCUUAUGAUGACGAUGAGGAUGAAGAUGAGACGGCCAGCAAUGCUUCGUCUGGUUUGAUUUACAACAUGGCGAACCUGUCUCUCUCUACAGAGUCUAUCUCGACGCUUUCCUCCGAGAUUUCAGAGUUCGGCCGGUCUCGCUCGGGUAGUUUCAGCACUACAAUGUCCGACGACGAAGACCAGGACCACUUUGUCCACGAUGCCGCGGCUAGUGUCUAUGACAGCUUGCGGGAUGGCGUCACAUCCGACGUGGUACAACUGGAGCUGGUCAGUCUGCGUAUGACAGCGAAUGCUUCCGACCACCAGGUCCGACGAGCCGUGGUCUCGGCGUUCAUGAAGCGCAUCCAGCAAUUGAUGGACGGCGGCAAGGGAGCGAGCGAGGCCAUCCGGGAGAUUUUUGGCAAGUACAAGGAGAUCGUGGAGCGGUCACUGUUCGAUCGCGACAGCGACGAGAAGCCCGAUCAAGUGGACUUGCUGGUCCUCCUGCAGCAGGACCUGGCGCACCGCAGCCGUGGUGACACGGUCAUGCUGUUCACGGCCAAGGAGCUGUACGACCUGGAGAUCGUGGAGGAAGAAGCUUAUGAGCAGUGGUGGGCAGAUGAGCGGUCGAGCAGCACGGAGGAAAUGCGGCAAGUGCGCAGCCAGUCGCAGCAGUUUGUGGACUGGUUGGCCAAUGCGGAAGAAGAGGAGAGCAGCGAGGAGGAAGAAGAGAGUGAUGAAGAUGAUGAGUAG